AUGGCACGAGGGUAUUAUAAAAUUAGGAUAAAUCGAUAUGGGACAUGGAUGAGAACAAGCAACAAGGUUGAAGGAAUUAGUAUUGCUUCUACCAUGGGAGUUUGUUUUAGCACCAAAAUUAAAGCAGGGUUAAAUUCAAAGCAUGACAAUGCCGAUACAAAAGAUCUCAGCAGUCCAAGUAGUAAAAUUACAGAAGAUCUCAGUAGCACAAUUAGUAAGGUCUUAGAGGUUUCGGUGCCUCAGACUCUUCAGAGUGAGGGUGAGAUCUUGCACUCAUCCAAUCUAAAGAACUUUAGUUUGACAGAACUUACAGCUGCUACAAGAAAUUUCCGUAAGGACAGUGUGCUAGGAGAGGCUGGUUUUGGAUCAGUUUUUAAGGGCUGGAUUGAUGAUCACUCGCUCUCUGCUGCCAAACCUGGCACGGGCAUUGUUGUUGCAGUGAAAAGACUUGGCCAGGAUAGCUUCCAAGGUCACAAGGAGUGGUUGGCAAGGCGCGGUAUGACUUAUGAAGCAAGUCUCGAGGAUGAAGUAAACUAUCUAGGCCAGCUUUCUCAUCCUCAUCUAGUGAAACUAAUUGGGUAUUGCUUUGAAGAUAGAGACCGCCUACUGGUCUAUGAAUUUAUGCCUCGUGGUAGCUUGGAGAAUCACUUGUUCAUGAGAGGCUCAUAUUUUCACCCUAUUUCUUGGGGGCUGCGUUUGAAAGUCGCUUUCGGUGCUGCCAAAGGGCUUGCAUUUCUUCACAGUGCUGAAACAAAAGUGAUAUAUCGAGAUUUCAAGACUUCGAAUGUAUUGCUGGAUUCAAAUUAUAACGCAAAGCUUGCUGAUUUGGGGUUGGCAAAGGACGCACCUACACUUGACAAAAGUCAUGUUUCCACCAGAGUAAUGGGAACCUACGGAUAUGCAGCUCCAGAAUACCUAGCCACAGGUCAUGUGAGCGCAAAGAGUGAUGUCUUCAGUUUUGGAGUUGUGCUGCUAGAACUGUUAUCUGGCAGGAGGGCUGUGGACAAGAACAGACCAUCAGGACAGCACAAUUUGGUGGAGUGGGCAAAGCCAUACUUAGCAAACAAGAGAAAGAUUUUGCGUGUGUUGGAUAACCGUCUUGAAGGCCAAUAUGAUGUAGAUGAUGCUUUGAAGGUAGCUACUCUAGCUCUGCGAUGCCUCGCAACAGAAUCCAAGUUGAGACCAACGAUGGACGAGGUUGUCAAAGAUUUGGAGCAGCUGCAGGUUCCCCAUGUACAUCAUAAUCGUUCUCUGAAUACCUCUCGUGGUCGUAGAAAAAGUGCUGAUGAUUUUACCCAUGGUAGAAUCGCUACAGCUUUAGUUUCCCCUCUCUCACGUGACAUUGCAAAUACACGUCCUUGA